GUAAGCUGUAAGCAAAAUAUAUUUUUAAUCACAAAGCACUAAACUGAUUUCCAUUAUCAUCACUACGUAAGUCUGUGCUAGACAUUUGGACACUUUGAAAUUAAUAUAUUUUACUGUGUUUUCGGAUUUUAUACUUCGUAAGAAGAGAUGUCUUACAUGCUGGAACAUCUUCACAAUGGGUGGCAAGUGGACAGAGCCAUUCUCUCAGAGGAGGACAGGUUGGUAGUGAUUCGAUUUGGACACGACUGGGACCCCACGUGCAUGAAAAUGGAUGAAACACUGUAUAAAAUAGCACAGAGGAUAAAAAAUUUUGCAGUCAUCUACCUGGUGGAUACUACUGAAGUUCCAGAUUUCAAUAAGAUGUACGAAUUGUACGAUCCCUGUACUUUGAUGUUUUUCUUCAGGAACAAGCAUAUACAGAUUGAUUUGGGUACUGGUAAUAACAAUAAAAUAAACUGGGCCAUUGAAGAUAAAAAUGAAAUGAUCGAUAUUCUGGAAGUGCUCUACAGAGGUGCAAGAAAAGGCAGAGGUUUGGUGAUAUCUCCCAAAGACUAUUCUACAAAAUACAGAUAUUAACGCAUCAUCGCAUUUUCUAUUAUCAUUUCUUGUUGGUGACUUGUCUAUUUUACAUUUGUCUAUUAAAAAUAAAUCAAUAAAUAGAUCCUUCAUGUUUUAUAAAAUCUUGGUCAUUUUAAAGAAAAAUUAUGUUUGCAUUAUGAUGUGUUAGUGAUGCUUGACUGAACCUUAGCAAAUAUCAUUGUGUGUGUGUUCCAUUUAUAUGUGUGAAUUAUGAUGUAAAAUAAAUUCAUGUUUAAAUUUU